GAAUGGAAACUUAAUCAACUAAUCAAAUGAUUAAAUGGUUGUUUGAUUAACAUGAUGUCGGUUAGUUUACUGAUCCAAAUAAUGGCGAUUUAAAAUGUUGACCGUUUGUUUGUAUUUUCUCAAUACUUGAUUAGUUAUCUUCAUUUUCCCUCCAAUGGUCAAUCGUUUUCUUAAUCUUCUUCACCACAAACACUUAAAUCACCAUGAGAAUGACUCAUUUCUUCAAGAUUAUCCAGAAACGAACCUACGAUAUCCUCUCUAAUCGGUGGACACUUUUCUGUUUCGUCGCUUUUUUCAUCGUCCUUCCGAUAACAUUUAUCGUUAUGUUUGAAAAGAUUCUGUUGAUCUGGAAUAGUUCACAAUCUCUCAUGUUAUUUCAAAGUGAUUACGGUGAAUUGAUGGUUAACAAAUUAUCGGGUUCACUUGGACUAUGUGAAAAUAAGCCGGACAUUGAUGUGGUUUACACUUGGGUGAACGGGUCGGAGGUCACAUUUUUGCGAAACUUGUUAAAAGUGAAACGUAAUUAUCUUGAAAUGAUUCAUGGUCAACAAGUUAAUUGUUCAAUUCCAUUGGAAUGUAUUUACAAUAAUAGAUCAGCAAAUAAUCACCCUGUUGAUAGAUUAAUCUUCAUGGAUACAACUCUGGUUGCAAUUGAUUCCUCAAUGGACAUCAAAGGUUUAGAAAUGUUCAAAUCAAUCAAAUCAUUUGAAACAAUUACUUCACAAUCGAUUGGUUCUCAAUAUUAUCUCUUAUAUUUAACUAAAGAUGAGGAAAAAGCUCUUGUUGAUUACUUUAAAUUGCACAGUAAUGUUAAUCCAGUUAAACCAAUUUAUGUUCAUCUUAAUUGUUCCGAUUUCUCCUCAUCAAAUGAAAGACUCAAUUUGGCUGAAAGUUUUGUCUCUAAAAAUAUAAUCUACUUAUCGUCAACCUCAUCCACUGGAUCAAUAUUAUCUUCGGAAAUGUUUUCAUCCUUGUCAUCAUCUUUAUCUCCAUCUUCAUCUUCAUCUUCGACUUAUCAAUGGUUACCACCGAGGAAACAAUUUCUUAAAUUGUUCAGCGAGAGAGAGAAAAAUUCAAUAAGAAAUAUUGUUUUCCAUUCGUCUAGAAGAUCAGCUUUGAUUCUGUUGGAACCUUUUGUUGACCAUCAUGACGAUUUAAUUGACCAUCUCUUUUCUCUGGGUCAUCGAUAUAAUUUCACCGUAACCUUGUCCCCACUUCUUUACCUUGGUAAUGAAGAUCUGGUUGAAUGUUAUGAUGGUAAAAUCGCCGAGUCGAUAAACGUCAAUAGAUUUGCCGAUAACGAUGAGUUUAAAUAUUCCCUUCGAUCGGUGGAAAAGUUUUCCCCGUGGAUUCGUAAUGUUUACCUGGUGACCAAUGGUCAAAUUCCCGAUUGGUUGGAUGUUAAUAAUCCUAGACUACGAUUAAUUACUCAUGAGGACAUUUUUCCGAAUAAAAGUGACCUUCCAACCUUUAAUUCUGUGGCCAUCGAGAUUCACUUACAUCGUAUUCCAGGUUUAUCGGAAAAAUUUCUCUACUUUAAUGAUGACAUUAUGUUGGGUAAACCCGUUUACCUGGAGGACUUUUACACUCCCGCCGAUGGUUACAAGAUCUAUCAGGCUUGGCCUGUACCGAACUGUGAGCCCGGAUGCCCGGCAAGUUGGUUGGGUGACGGGUUCUGUGAUCAGGCCUGUAAUACAACCUUGUGUCUCUAUGAUGGCGGUGAUUGUACUAAUAAAACUCUAACCUCCUCGUCUCUUGGUGGCAUUUUAAGUGACCACUCCAAUUUCCGUGGUGGGCCAUCAUCUUUCACCGCUUCUCGACCUUUAACUGACCAGUGUCGUCCCUCUUGCGCUGAUUUUUGGCUUGGAGAUAAAUAUUGUGAUAAUGUUUGUAAUCACCCUGAUUGCGCUUUCGAUAUGGGAGAUUGUGGCCUUGACGGUUAUUCAACUAUCCCAGGUUACCCUUGGUCACCCCAUCAACGGCACUACUUUUACCCUUCACCUACACCUUCAAUUUAUCUUAAUCUAACUGAUCUCAUGUCCACACCCGAUUUCCAGUUAAUUUCAGCCUCUUAUUCAAAAAAUUCACAAAUCAGAUCGGUGACAAUUAACUUGAAACAUCAACUAUUAACAAUUUUAUUCUCAACCAAUGUUACCGAUAUCAUGAUGCCGAUUGAAUUACGAUACAAAAUUAACAAAGUCUCUUUUGACCUGAACUUUGAAUUGAAUGUCACCUCAUCAAAUGAAGUUUCCUAUUUCAGGUCAGAUCCCGUUCUCGUUACAGCUUCACCUGAGACUCAGAUGACAGUUAAAACCGACCUGAACAUUUUGGAUUCUAUUCCCAAUGAUAAUUCAACGAUCCAAGUUGAUCCAAUUAUCAUUUUCAAUUUAACAUCAACUGAUCACAACCAGAGUUUGAUUAAAAUAAUUGAUAGUGAAAAUCAGAAUUCAUCUAAUCAAGUUAAAUUGGGUGAAGAUUUAACCAAAUUAAUUGAAUCAUUGUCAAUGGGACAGUUUGAUCAAAGGCCGAUCGGCGUUUAUCCUUGGGAAAAUGAGGAAAACUUUAAGAAACUUGGAGAUCUAAUUGCUAAUUAUGAAAAAUACUCGACAAUUAACGAUCAAUCAAUGGUGAAAACUACUCAGCGACAAUUACUUGACAUCUUUUCAGAUUCGAUUAAAUUUGUUAACCAUUUGUACAAUCGCGUUUUCGGAAUCAAAGCUCGUAAAAUUGUCGCCCAUUCACCGAUACUUUUGGAUAAAUCGAUAAUCGCCCGUUUAUGGGAACAAUUUCCCGAAGAAUUAUCAUUAACCUCAUCACAUAAAUUACGAAGUUCAAAUGAUAUGCAAUUCUCAUUUUCUUACUUUAAUUUUCUAAUGAGUGAAACUCUACCAGCUAAUUACAAUCAACUAAUUAAACAAUUCGACACCGACAAUUCAAACAAAUUAUCAGCAAACGAACUACGAUCACUUUUAGUUAAUAUUGUCGCUCCUCCGAUCGUACCAAUUGUUUGGUCAAAUUACUCUGAUUGUUGGAAUGGAUCAGAUUAUAAUUUUCUAAAACAAGAAGGCUACGAAUGGACAAUUGAUGAAUUGUUGGACUGUCAGAAAAUCGUUAAUUCAUUGGAUAAAAUGUUUUCCUAUAUUGGUAAAAAUCGUUAUACACUCAUGAGUGAUUCUGAAGUUUCAUUUACCAUGAUCAGGGGGAAUUCAGGUCAAUUGAUUAACAAAUUAGAUGGCCUUCGACGGGACCCGAAAAAGUUUCUUUGCUUCAAUGACGACAUUCAGAACGAUGAGUCCAAUGAGACAAAGCUAAUCAGAAGCUCAUUAACUGAUUAUUAUCAAUAUUUGGUACCGAAAAGAUCAUCAUUUGAAUUGGCCGAUAAUUCAGUUAAUCGAUUUGAAAAUAUUUCAGCUUACCGAUUAUGGAAACAAUCAAGACAAUUAAGACUAAAUUCACUCGAUCAAUCAUCAACUUGGUUUUACUUUUUACUCUAUGGGUUAAUUUUAUUUCUUAUAAUAUUUAAAGUUUUAAAUUAUAUUUCAACUCGUUCACGCGUUGAUUAUAUCAACAUUAUCAGAGUAUAAUUAAAAUCAAUUAGUUAAAUCAACAAGUUUCAAAGCAAUCAAAUAACAAUAAUAAUCACAAUCGGUCAGUUGAAGAGCUAAUAAAACAACAAUUAAAGAGUAAAAUUAAUUAUUAGCUCGGUGAUAAACUUAACCAGUUGAAGUGGAGACUGAUUAUCAAUUAGAGUCGAUGUUUCAAUUUACUAAUAACAUUUUAGAGUUAAUUUUGUGUUUAUCAUCAUUCAAUUAAAUAAAUCAGUCAAUUAAAUCGUCAAA